AUGGCUGACGAAGCUAUUUUUGACAAAAAGAAAUCACAUCACGCAAAACGUGCCGGUCGCAAAGCUGAUAAAAAGAAGAAAAAGAAUGAAGUCGACCAAUCUAACCUAAGUGCGAGGCAAAGAAAUCCUAAAGCUUUUGCUAUACAGUCCGCUGUGAGAGCCGAAAGGCAAUUUAGAAGACGUGAAGAUGUUAUCUCUAAAAAGCAGCACAUACCCCAAGUGGAUAAAACUCCCCUGGAGCCUCCACCGAUUGUUGUUGCGAUGGUCGGCCCUCCUCGUGUGGGCAAGACGACUUUGAUAAACAAUUUGAUUAAAAGCUUUAUAAAAACGAAUGUCACCAGCACCAACGGUCCAAUAACAAUAGUGACAUCCAAGAAGCGACGCCUUACAAUAAUUGAAUGUAAUAACGACAUAAACUCAAUGAUUGAUAUCGCAAAAUGCGCUGAUUUAGUUCUAUUGUUGUGUGACGCUAGUUUUGGUUUUGAGAUGGAAAUAUUUGAAUUUCUGAACAUCUGCCAGGUGCAUGGUAUGCCAAAAGUAAUGGGUGUUCUCACUCAUCUUGAUAUGAUUAAGAAUGCAAAAACUUUGAAAACAACUAAAAAAACAUUAAAGCAUCGGUUUUGGACUGAAGUAUACCCUGGUGCCAAAUUGUUCUACCUCUCUGGAAUUGUACAUGGUGAAUACUUGCGGAAUGAGAUAAAAAAUUUAUCAAGAUUUAUAUCUGUGAUGAAAUUUAGGCCUUUGAGUUGGCGCACUACCCAUGCUUAUAUUUUAGCUGACAGACUGGAGGAUAUAACAAGUCAAGAAACUAUAAGGAAGGACCCUAAAGUAAACAGAGAUGUAGUGCUGUAUGGUUAUGUCCGAGGGGUGCCAUUAAUGAAAGAGGCUAUGGUGCAUAUUGCAGGUGUUGGUGAUAUGAAGAUAAAUGAACUAUCAUACUUACCAGAUCCUUGUCCAUUGCCUAAUAGUGAAAAGAAACGCCACCUUAUGGAAAGAGAAAGACAGAUUUAUGCUCCAUUUUCUGGUGUUGGGGGUAUUGUAUAUGAUAAAGAUGCAGUUUAUAUUGAACUACAUGGUUCCCAUUCACAUAAACAAGAAGAUGAAGAAACUAAUGAAAAGAAGGCUCUUCUUAAAAAUGUUGUGGAAACUAAAGAGACAGUUGAUGAACAAAUGCAAGAGUCUGGAUUUAAGCUUUUCAGUGGUGGGGCAGUUAUAUAUCCUGAUAUGAUAAAAGAUGAUGAAUAUUUGCAGCAUAUGAAAAGUAAAGAUUCCGAUCAAUCAAGUGUGGAUGAAGAGAGUGAAUCCGAGAAUGACAGUGGCAUAGAUCAGAGUGAGAAAGAAAACAAAGGAAAAAUGAGUAAACUACCAUGGGAUAACAAUUCAGCAUCCGAAGCUGAGGAUAAUGAGGAACAAAAAGAUAAUAAAACUGAUUCAGAAGAUGAUGAGGAAAAAUCGAACCACAAUGACAAUUUUAGCAUAAAAUGGAAAGAGAAAUUAGGUGAAAAAGCGACAAUGGCAUAUUUUGAACGACAAAAAACUUCAAAAAAUAUAAUGAAAUUGGUUUAUGGAGAUUUUGAAAUUGGCAAUAAGAGUAAAGAACAGAAUCAAAAAGAAUUUGAAAGUGACAGUGAAGAAGAGGAAAUUGGAGGUCUUUUUAAAAAGGUGACAAGUACUCAAAAGAAGAAACAAAAACAAAAAGACCAGAAAGAUGUUGAUGAGUGCUCAUUUUUCUAUUCAUUAAACAAACCAAACUUAAGGGAUUGGACAAGUGAACUAAACAAACAAUACCUGAUAAAUAGCUUUGUUACUGGCAAAAGAUCAGCCGAUGAAGAUGCAUCUGAGCUUUUGAAAUUAGAUGAUGCAAGUGAUGAUGAAGAAGAGCUUUAUGGUGAUUUUGAAGACUUGGAAACGGGUGAAAAACAUGUCAGUGUGGAAAACACAGAAGCAAUCAAAGAGGAAAGAGCUGGUACAAAACGUAAAGCUGAGCCAAUAAAAUCUGAAAUUCUCGAUAAGAAGUUAAAGUUGAAAGCUAAGUUUGACGCGGAAUACGAUAACCCAGAUGAUCAUAGGAUCAAAGGUGACCAUUCUUAUUACGAAAGUCUUAAGGCAGAAGCACUUAAACAGUCCGAGCUGAACAAAUCUGUAUUUGAAAAUCUUGAUUGUGGUUUAAGGGUUGAAGUUGAAGGCUUUAGACCUGGUUUGUAUGUUAGAAUGCUAUUUAAGAAUAUGCCAUCGGAGUUUGUAACCAAUUUUGAUUCAAGUUAUCCAAUACUUAUUGGUGCUCUUAACAUGGCGGAGCAAAAUAUAGGAUUCGUAUCAUGUAAAGUUAAGAAGCACAGAUGGUAUAAGAAGAUUCUUAAGACAAAUGAUCCUCUAAUAAUAUCGUUGGGUUGGAGACGCUUUCAAACUCUACCAAUUUACUCAAAAAUAGAAGAUGAUUUAAAGUGUAGAUAUUUGAAAUAUACUCCAGAGCAUGUGACAUGUAACAUGCAUUUUUAUGGUCCAAUAACACCACAGAAUACAGGUUUUCUAGCACUACAGACAGUUAAUAAUAAUCCCAAUGAAAUAAAACAGCUAGGAUUUAGAAUAGCUGCUACAGGCAGUGUAAACGAAAUCAAUAAAUCUACUCAAAUAGUCAAAAAACUAAAGUUAGUUGGAACACCUCUAAAAAUAUACAAGAAGACUGCAUUUAUUAAAGACAUGUUCACAAGUACCCUCGAGGUAGCAAAAUUUGAGGGCGCUAGAGUAAAAACUGUAUCUGGAAUAAGAGGACAGAUAAAAAAAGCGCUUAACAAACCUGAGGGCGCUUUCCGCGCCACUUUUGAAGACAAAAUUUUAAUGAGUGAUAUUGUUUUCUGUCGGACAUGGUUUAAAGUUGACGUCACUAAAUUUUAUGCUCCAGUCGUUAACUUAUUGUUGCCAGCUGGAAGUAAAAAUGCGUGGCAAGGUAUGAAGACAAAGGGACAAUUGAAAAGGGAGCGGAAUAUACAUAUUGACGCUAAUACUGAUUCAAUGUAUACGAGCAUCGACAGAGAACCUAAAGUAUUCAAACCGUUGGUUAUACCUAAAGCUUUACAAAAAGGAUUACCAUAUAGAUUUAAACCUAAAGAACGGAAAACAACGUUAUCUGGAAAAUCUCCUAAGAAUAUAUUUAAAGACAGGAUAGCCGUUAUUAAGAGCCCACAUGAGCAGAAGGUUUCCAACGUCAUGAAGAUGUUGAAGACAAACUAUGAGCAAAAGAAAGAAAAGGAAAAAGAAGCUACAACUGAGAGACUGCAGAAACACAAAAAGCAAAUAGAAGAAGAGGAGUGGCGAAAGUUAAAGCGGCAGAAGGAACUAAAGAAGAAAAUAUGUAGGCAUUUGAGUAAAAUGGCCAGUAAAAAGAAGCCACAAAUGUAA